AUGCUCUGGAACGUCAGCGGGAACGUCGGUGGGUACGUCAGCGGGAACGUCAGCGGGAACGUCAGCGGGAACGUCAGCGGGAACAACGACACCUCUACCCCGGAAGCUGCAGGAAGUGAGCAUGACAAUGCGACGGCUCUUUCCUCCUAUCAGAACUCCACAGCCUUUAACUCCUCCUACCUGGACGAAGUGGACAGACUGCUCUCUUGGGAUGCGGCAGCCGAGAACAGCAGUGACAUCACAGGUCUGGGCCAAGACAUCACAGGUCUGGGCCAUGACAUCACAGGUCUGGGCCAAGACAUCACAGGUCUGGGCCAUGACAUCACAGGUCUGGGCCAUGACAUCACAGGUCUGGGCCAUGACAUCACAGGUCUGGGCGGCGCCAGUGACCUCAUCAGCCCGCGCCCUGCGCCCCCGUCCCAGACUCCAGAGGAAGAGGAGGGGGAGCUGGAGGAAGAGGGGGCAUGGCCUCCCGCUGACUUCCUCAGCAUCGUCAGUACAGCCCCGACUGGGAACCUCAGCCCCUCACAGCACCGCCCGCCGCUAACCCAGCCCCCCGACGCACCGGGGCGUGACGUCCGAGGGCCCCCCGCUCCCUCGUCUGGGUCCCAGAGCCCCGUCGGCUCUCCUCGCCCGUCCAGACACCCCCCGGCCGAGCGGUCCUCUGAGGAAGAGGACGAUGUGGGGUCACCACACCGGGCCCCGGGCUCCGACGAAGGUCCACGUCCCGGCAGCACCGCCACCAGCAGGCCCUCGCUGCUACGCCCACACCAGUCCUCUGAGGAGGAGGAAGAGGAGGAGGAGGAGGACGAUGAUGAUGGUAGGGAGGAAGAGGCCGUCCCCCUGAUGUCCGUAACCACGAUACCGCCUAAGUCAACAACAACAAAAACAAUGGCUACGGUUACCAGGACAACCCCCGCAGACCACUCCAUGGAGCAGGGUGGGACCCCAACACCAACCUCAUGGAGACACCCGGCUACACCCACAGCGCGUCCCUCGUCGCCUCGACCAACGGCUGCGACCGAAGCCCCGCCCACUCCUUCUGAAACAUCACAGGAGGAGGCGGAGCUUCCUCUGACCACUCCCCCUGACGACCCCCCGUCUCCGAGCCCAGAUCGGAAUGCCGUAGCCACGACAACCACGCCCUCGGCUGCAAAGUCUCCCACUGCGACGGAGACGACACGCCGCACGACCGCCGUCGCUAGGCGCCGCAACCGCGCCGUAGCACUCCCACCGCUCUACGACCUCCACACUACGCCCACAACACCUCCCUCACGCAGCGUGGAGGAGCAGGAGCAGGGGGAGGAGGAGGAGGAGGAGGAGCAGGAGGAGGAGCAGGAGAGGCCUCCUUGUGAUGAGGAGCGGGCAGCAGACGGCUCUCAGGGAGGGGGCGUGGCACAGAAAAGGGCGGGGCUUCUCUCCUGGUCUCUGCUGGAGGCCAUGGGAAUGACGGACAUCGAGUUCCCCCCCGAGGGCCCAGAGUGCAGCGAGGUCUUCACGGUGGCGGGCCGGGACGGCGGGCCGGGCCGCGCCCUGCCAGCACUGGGCCAGAUGCUGCGCUGCCUCACGGGCCGCUGCCCCGAUGAGUUCAAGAUGUACGGCUGCUACUGCGGCCAGGAGGGCCGGGGGCCACCGCAGGACCCCUUGGACCGCUGCUGCUUCCUCCACCAGUGCUGUCUGCGGCAGAUCUCCACCAUGGGCUGCAAGGCCGACCGCAGACUCAGCGCCCAGGUGUCCUGCGAGGGAGGGACCCCUCGAUGCCAGGGCCAGGGCCGGUGUGACAAGCUGCAGUGUGUGUGUGACAAGACCAGCGCAGAGUGCAUGGCGGCGGCCCACUUCAACCACAGCCGCCCCCCCGCCCAGUGCCAGGGGCCCGCGGCCCCCUGCAGGCGCCGGCCCAGACCCCGGCCCACCCCCCCGCCCUCCAGCGAGGAGAGCCGGGAGUCCCCCGGUGGCCACUCGCACAUGGAGGGAGGGAAACACACGACGGCUCCUACCAGUGGACCUGCAGACAGUGACGAGAGCGGGGAGGUGAGGCCGCGACCUCCUGCCAGACCCCCGCCCUCCAGGCCCCCACCUCUGGCCUCAAGACCCCCACCUCCACCCUCAAGACCCCCUCCUCCACCAUCUACUCCACCCACACCCCCUCCCCACUCGGCCGCAGCUGCCUCCAGCGGGGAGACCUCCAGGCCCCAGAGACCCCCGACAUCCGGAGGGAUUCAACCCCACAACCACCAGCCCAUCAGACCCUUCAGACCCAGCCCCGGGCACCUGGAGAGACCGGGGGCCCCGGAGAGACAUGGGGCCCCCCCGGCAGAGGCAGAGGAGGAGGAGGAAGAGGAGGGGGGCGAGGAGGAGGAGGAGGAGGAGGAAGAGGAUAAAAGAUGAAGGUGAAGGUUCUCCUCAGCAGUGGUGGACAAUCCUUGGGUUUUCAAAGUAAAAGUCCUGGCAUAUUUCCCCAUGCGCUCACCCGAGAUGCAGUCAUUAACGCGUCGAUUUCAAAAUAAAAGUGUUUCAAGUUAA